CUCCGCCCAUUCUCUCAGGCAGUAUCCAGUUCUUCUAAAACAUCCAGGAGUCUGAGUCUCUUGUCCUGAUGAGUCCUUUAUCGUCUCUCAUCAAUAUAUUGCAGUGAUAUAUUAGAAAUAUAACCCCGAGGUGUUCCUCACAGGUCCAGGAAGAGACGAUAGGAGAGGAUUUUUGGACAAUUCGACCUCAGUCUCUCUGCAGCCGCUCCUUCAUCCGGGUCUUUGUCUGCUGUGAGCUGGUUGAUGCUACGUGGCUAAUGCUAGUCCGUAAACAUCAAUAAACUGAAGAACAACACGGAGGAAAAACAACGGCAGGAGAAGGAGCACCGAGAGCAGCAUGGAGGAGAACACAGAGACCCCCGUAACUCAGAGAGACAGCAGGAGAAGGAGCACUGAGAGCUUCAAGGAGGAGAACAUAGAGACCCCCGUAACUCAGAGAGAUAGCAGGAGGAGCACUGAGUGCUUCAAGGAGGAGAACAUAGAGACCCCCGUGACUCAUAGAGACAGCAGGAGUAGGAGCACUGAGAGCAGCAUGGAGGAGAACAUAGAGACCCCCCUAACUCAGAGAGACAGCGGGAGAAGGAGCACCGAGAGCAGCAUGGAGGAGAACAUAGAGACCCCCGUAAUUCAGAAACCAAAAGGAAGAGCAGGACUCAAAUGUCACAGCUGUGACCAAUGUGACAAAUCGUUCACAAGAUCUGGAACUUUAAAGCGCCACCUGCGUAUUCACACUGGAGAGAAACCAUACAACUGUGAAGAGUGUGAGACAACUUUCACUUCAUCAAGUCGACUCAAAAAACAUCAACGUAUUCACACUGGGGAGAAACCAUACUGGUGUGAACAGUGUGGAAAAACGUUCAAUACAUCAGGUGAGCUCAAAAAACAUCAACGUAUUCACACUGGGGCGAAACCAUACUGGUGUGAACAGUGUGGGAAAACGUUCACUAGAUCAAGUAAUCUCACAACCCAUCAGCGUAUUCACACUGGAGAGAAACCAUACAACUGUGAACAGUGUGGGAAAACUUUCACUACAUCAGGUGAACUCAAAGUCCAUUCUCGUAUUCACACCGGAGAGAAACCAUACAGCUGUGAACAGUGUGGGAAAACUUUCACUCAAAGUAAUACACUGAGAACCCACCAGCGUAUUCACACAGGAGAGAAACCAUACAGCUGUGAAGAAUGUCGGGCAACUUUCACUUCAUCAAGUGAUCUCAAAAUACAUCAACGUAUUCACACGGGAGAGAAACCAUACUGGUGUAAACUUUGUGGGAAAGCUUUCACUAAAUCAAGUGAUCUCAAAAAACAUCACCGCAUUCACACUGGAGAGAAACCAUACUGGUGUGAUCAUUGUGGGAAAACCUUUUCUCAUGGUGGUAACCUUAAAGUCCACAUGCGCACUCACACUGAAGCGUCUUGAUCAACUUUGAGCCAGAGAUGAUGUUUCUCCUGAUGUUUGUAAUGGUUCCUGAUCUAUAAAGAAAUGUUCUACUAUGCUGUGUUUGAACCAGGGUUUUAUUAUAGCCUCGUUAUGAUUCAGUUUAAAAGUUGCUGUUAUUCCGUUUAUAUAAUAUUCCAUGUCCAGGGUUAAACUGCUAGCCUCAUUAAGGUGCACUGAAGGAAUGUUGUUUUACUGUUCAUUAAUCUGCCGAGUAGUUUCUCUAAUAAUCUCUUUGGUUAAUAAAAUGUUGUGACGGGAAACUUCCAAUGGAAUGUUUGUGAUGGUUCCUGUUGAGUUAGCAGUUUAUUCUGGUCUUAAAGAAGAACCAGUGGACAAAGAAAGACCAUACAGAUGUGGGCGACGUGAGAUCACUUUUUCUGGCUUUAGAGCCGACCGUCUUGUUCACAUGAUUUAUCUCAAUUUAUUCCAAAACUGUUUUGUUUCAUUAAAAUUUCCUUUUUUUUUUACUCGCAAUAUUUAGUUUUGAAAAAUCUACAUUAGUGUUCUUGAUCUGAACAAGCUUUUGUAAUUGGGAUAAUAUCUGACAUUAUGUAUUUUUCAUUUUCUGUAACCCCUGUUUAUGUUUUUUUCAGCGGUGACUGAAUAAUGUUUCUGAAUAAACCUUACUAAA